AUGGCGGCGGCGCACGGUGAUGAUGAGAAGAGGGAGAAGUUUCUGCGCACCUUUUUGCUGGUCCGCAGCGGCAACACCGAUAGUGCGGAGCCGCAUUUGGAUUUGCCCGUGCUGCACUUCAAGGAUGGGAGGUCGUUGAAUGGGAAGACGACGUAUGCGAAGUUCGAGUUCGAGCUUGAGGUCGAGCUGCGGGGGCUGGAGAGGUGGCCCGGCAGGUACGUGGUGGAGAAUAUGGAGACGCUUGAGGAGUAUGUGAAGGCGCGUCUUCCCAUCAUGCGUGAGAAUGCUGAGGCUAAAGUUGCGCGAGCAGCUCAGGAGGAAGAGGAAAGGGAGGCCGCGGAGAAGGUCGAGCAGGAGAGGGCCGAACAGGCCAAGAAGGAGUUCAAGGAACGGAUCAUUGAGCUUCCUCGGAAGCAGAAGGAAGAGCUGGCACAAAAGAAAACCUGA